GUUUAAAUUCUCUUUGCUGGUGUAGUGCAGUGUUGUGUGAUCUCGUUAGAGUAAAAGUGUUAUCCACAAUCAGCUGUAAAAAUGGCUGACUGUGUUCCACUAGUCAAAAAGCAAGAUUUACCUCCUCCGGGGGGUUACAAACCAAUACCAUUUAAAAGAAUACCUGCAAAGCAAUAUUUUAGUGGUUUUGCAUGUAUCGCUGGAUACUUAGGAAUCACCACUGUUUCCGCAUACUUAUAUUAUCUUAAUUGUAAACAAGUAAAGAAAAAUGAAAUUGAGAUGCGAUCAGCUAAGAUGGCUAUAUACCCCAUGCUCGUUGCCGAGAGAGAUAGAGAAUACUUGAAGCAGCUAAGAAGAAAUCGGGAUGCGGAAGCUGAGCUUAUGCGCGAUGUACCUGGAUGGGUGGUUGGAACCUGGUAUGGUGAGAGGGUCUACAAACUCUUGCCGGCAGAUGCACUCAUUGAGCCAAUAUUCCAUGAGUUUUAUGCUCACUCUGAUGAAAAAUCAUGGAACAAUAGGACAAACUUAUCAAUAGCAUGCUAGUGUGUGUUAUGUAAUAGCUUCACUUACCAAUAUUUAUUCAAAAGAGUAUUUGUUAUGAAAUAAUAAAGAUUUCCAGAUAGAAGUGUUUUACCAUCAUUGUUUUUUUAUCAGGCUUAAAUUAUGUGGAAUUAAAACAAUAAUAGUCA